UCCCCGGCCGUCUCUCCCACACGCACCCACAGUCGCCCCAAGUCAUGCAGCUCCCACGAGGCUCCCGUGUCCCUGGGCUAGUGGCCACGUUCUUGUUCCCUGUGCUGUGCGCGCUGCUCACCUUCAGCUCGGUCCGUGGAUUUAACUUGGCAGUGGAGCAGCCGGCAGUUUACACGGGGGCAAGUGGCAGCUUCUUUGGUUUCUCUGUGGACUUCUACCUCCCAGACGCGCAGAGCAUCAGUAUCCUGGUGGGGGCCCCCAAGGCAAAUACCAGCCAGCCCGGAGUGUUUGAGGGGGGAGCUGUGUUUUAUUGCCCCUGGCAAAGAAAUGGCACCAACUGCACAGAAAUCAGCUUUGACUCACAUGGUGACCGGCAGCGAGAACUUUUCGAUACUCCCCAACCCAAACACAUGGAAUCCAAGUCCGAGCAAUGGUUUGGUGCUACUGUCCGGGCACAUGGGAAAACGAUACUGGCCUGUGCUCCACGAUACAGCUGGAGAACCGAAAAGGAAGAAAAGCGCAGUGACCCUGUGGGUACCUGUUACUUAUCUGUCAACAACUUCACCACAUUUGUAGAGUAUUCACCCUGCCGCACAGAUUUCAGUGAUGCUGCUGGUCAAGGGUACUGCCAAGGAGGCUUCAGUGCUGAGUUUACAAAGAGUGGAAGAGUUUUACUGGGUGGACCGGGCAGCUACUUCUGGCAAGGUCAGGUGAUCACUGCAACACAGGAUGAGAUCCAGGAGGCUUAUUAUCCAGAAUAUUUUGUGCUGGAGUACAAGAAACAAAUGCAGACACGACAGGCGGCUUCAUCAUAUGAUGACAGUUACUUUGGUUAUUCAGUUGCAGUUGGUGAAUUCAGUGAAGAUGCUACUGAAGAUUUCGUUGUGGGUGUUCCCAAAGGAAACAUAACUUAUGGCUAUGUGACUAUACUGAAUGGGACAGAUUUGAGAUCCUUGUAUAACUUUUCAGGUGAACAGAUGGCCUCCUAUUUUGGGUAUUCUGUGUCGGCUACCGACCUCAAUAGUGAUGGACUAGAUGACCUGUUAAUCGGCGCACCACUCUUUAUGGAUAGGACCCAUGAUGGCAGGGUGCAGGAAGUUGGACGUGUUUAUGUUUACCUGCAGGGAGACCAUAUGGAAAGCACACCCCAUCUGAUCCUUACUGGCAUGGAAGAAUAUGGCCGAUUCGGUAGUUCCAUUGCAUCCCUAGGAGAUUUGGACCAGGAUGGGUUUAAUGAUAUUGCCAUUGGUGCUCCUUUUGGAGGAGAGGCCCAAAGAGGAGCAGUUUUCAUUUUUAAUGGCCAGCCAGGAGGUGUUGAUUCCAAGCCAUCACAGGUGCUGCAAGGACAGUGGGGCUCCUCUCAACAGCCUUCAUUCUUUGGUUUGUCCACCAGGGGAGGGCACGAUCUUGAUGGAAAUGGCUAUCCAGAUCUCAUUGUAGGUGCGUUUGGUGUGGAUACGACUUUGGUUUACAGGGGACGUCCCAUUAUUCAUGCUAGUGCCUCCCUCUCCAUCUCCCCCAAUAUGUUUAACCCAGAGGAGAAGACCUGUACACUUGAAGGAAAUGCCAGUGCAGUAUCCUGCAUAAACCUUAGUUUCUGCUUGAAUGCUUCAGGAAAGCACGUGCCUAACUCUAUAGGAAUUAAAGUCGAGCUACAGCUGGACCAGACGAAGCAGAAGGGAGCGGUGAAGCGAGCAUUGUUCCUGAAAACCCGCCAGCCCCAGCUGACCCAGACUAUUCAUUUACUGAAUGGAGGCAAAGAGGAAUGUCGUGCCAUGAAGAUCUACCUCAGGGAGGAGUCAGAGUUUCGGGACAAGCUCUCUCCAAUUUACGUUGGUCUGAAUUUCUCCCUGGAUCCACUGGCACCAGCCGAUGCCCAUGGUCUCAUGCCCAUCUUCAAUUACAAGACCAAGAACUAUAUUGAGCAGAAGGCUCAGAUCCAGUUGGACUGUGGGGAAGAUAACAUCUGUGUGCCAGAUCUGAAGCUCAAUGUCUCAGGUGACCGGAAAUCUGUAUAUCUUGGAGACGAGAACUUCUUGACAUUGUUCUUCAAUGCUCAGAACCUUGGGGGAGGAGCCUACGAGGCGGAACUGUAUGUCACAUUGCCCCCAGAGGCAGAGUACAGUGGCAUAGUGAGGAACAAUGAGCAUCUCUUGAUUUUACCUUGUGCUUACGAGAUGGAGAAUCAGACCCGACUGGUCAUCUGUGACCUAGGAAACCCAAUGAAGGCAGGGGCCAGUCUUGCAGGGGGUCUGAGAUUCACAGUGCCACAUCUGCGUGACUCCAGCCAUAAAGUUCAGUUUGACUUCCAGAUCCGCAGCAAAAAUCAAAAUAACUCCCAAAGUGAGACGGUGCACUUGGCGUUGAAUGUUGAAGCCCACAGUACAGUGUCAUUUUUCGGUGCCUCAAAGCCAGAUAGUGUUAUCUUCCCUGUUGCAAACUGGAAACCUGGCAGGAAUCCCGUGACCGGACAAGAGGCAGGUCCAGAGGUCAAACAUGUGUAUGAGCUGGUCAACUUUGGGCCAAGUUCCAUCAGUCAAGGAAUCCUGGAACUGAGAUGUCCAAUGAGAGUCAACAAGGAAUAUGCUAUGUAUGUGAUGUCUUAUGCUGUGCAAGGUUUGACUAACUGCACCUCCAAUCACCCAGCUAAUGCCCUUCAUCUACAGCAUUCACCCACAGACCACCCACCAACGCUGAAUCCCAAAACUGUCCACCACGUGGAAAGGCGAGAUACUGCCCGACUCAUCUCAGGAUCUUCUAAUGUUUUGAAAUGCAACGAACCCCAUGUGGACUGCUUCCAUCUACACUGUGAUGUUGGGCCGCUAGAGAAACAAAAGCGAGCCAUCCUGAGGGUGAAUUUCCUCAUAUGGGCCAACACCUUCAUGCAGAAGGAAAACCAGGGAUUCACUCUUCAGUGUGACGCACUCUAUCAUAUACAGAAGCUGCCGUACAAAAUUCUCCCCCACGUGUAUCCUAAAGGGACACAUCAGGUGGACACUGCAAUUCACUGGGCCAAACCUGAAAGUAGCUAUGGAGUCCCACUAUGGAUCAUUAUAUUGGCUAUUCUAAUUGGACUUCUCCUGCUUGCAUUGCUUAUAUAUGUCCUGUAUAAGCUCGGCUUCUUUAAACGCUCUUACCAAUAUGGGACUGCCAUGGAAAAAGCUGAGCUCAAGCCCCAGGCUGCAUCAGAGGCUUAAUCUGUUCUACAUCCACAUCCCUUGCACUGCCAAAGAAUCCUCCGAAGGGAAGCGGAAAGAACAGCCAAGGGCCAGCCUUAAAGUUCAAACUACAUUGACCCAACAUUUGGGAGGGAGGGAAACAAGGACACACUGACAUCCCCCAGGAGAACUAGCCCAAAUGGACUAGCCGGCUGAUAACUGACAAUAUAAUGGCUGAUUCUUUCUGGCUUCCACCACUGAUGUGUUUAUUGAGGGCAAAACAAGAGGUCAGUGAGUAUAUUUAAGAAUUCAGGACUGUUCCUCAGGUUGUAGGGUGGCAGAAAACAUUUCCCAUACCAAAGGAGUAGAAAGCAUUAACAUGAGUGCCGUUUCAUUGGCUACUCGCUUCCCUCAUGUUGACUGAGGGCACAAAUGGCAACGUUCAGAGUCUUGAUCAUUGCUGAACUGUAAGUCGGGGCCUGUGUCUGUUCUGGAUUUUAAUGGUCUGCUCAGUGGAAAUGACUUUAAGGCAGUGACAACCUCAAAACUGGACCUUUCUUUUAUUGGCCUACUCAAAUUGACAAAGGGGGUUCAAACCAGUAUUUCUGUACAGGAAAGGUGUUAAAUUAUUGUACAUGCUGUGUAUAUGCAAUCAUGAGUAUAUAUUGGACUGGAGAUUCCCAUAGCUCUUCUAAUACGUCCAACUCUAAAGGUUUGGCUUUCACCCCCACUAAAGUGUAACCUUCUGUAGGAGAAUUAGGAAAUUCCUUCUACCCAUAAUAAGGAUCAGCUCCUCUUCCGAGACCCAGGAGAAUCUAGGGGGCAAGCUCACAUUGGUCUCUAAUACCUUUGCUUUACAAGGGCUGAGUGUUUUUUGUAUAGCACUACAAGGCCCACACUGACUGUCACUUUUCCAAGGAAUGUUAUUGCACGUGAUACAAACAGGGUUCUAAAGGCAAAUGGAUGUACCAAAGAAAUUUUCACAUGGACCCAAAGCCCAUUUCCGUUUUGUUCUGAGGAUCCAGAGCUUUCUGGGACAGAUCAGAGAACCAGAUGCAGCAUCUCCUGAUAGGACAAUGGGCACCCGCUGAGCACUGACUCUUCCAUGACCACUUCUCUGCUUGGGAACCUCUAAUCCGCGAUGGUGCUUUUUUGUUGCUUCCUUUUCCAUGAAGUGUUGCAACGACACAGGCUUGAGGGCUUUGCUAUCUGGCUGAUAUUUAAAAUGGUUUGCAAGUGCAAUAAAUGUGUUUUUAUCUGUUUUUAUUAAAUAUUUUUUUACAGUGUAUUUCCUAUGUAGGACGGGGAUUGGCUAUUUAGAUUUUUUGUGUUGCUAUUAAAACCCUCUGAAGCCUUUUUAAGCGGCCGGAUUUGCACAUUAUCUCUAAUGGCAAUUGUGGGUUUAUUAUGGAGGCACAGGAGUAUAGAGGUGACUACACCUGCCAAGGAUACACACUAAAUAGGUUUGUUGUAACCCAAGUCCACCUGGAAUCCAUGUCUAUGCAGCGUUCAGUAGUCUGGGCAGCAGUGCACCCUCUCCUGUGCCAGUUUGCUGGAGUGGAUUCUCUGUGCCCGGAUUAGACUUUCUGACUGAUGAUAAAUGUGUCUGCCCCAAUGAGAAAUCUGCCACCAGUCAUUGGAGGGGAUUAAAACCAAACAAUACCAAAGUAUUUUCUAUGCAAAGCCCUAUAUGUGUGUAGUAAUAAUAAUGAUGAUGAUGAGUGCCAUGUCCAGCAGUGAUCACCUGUGCUGUCACAAUCAAUAUCUUUGUUCCCCUUCAUUUUCAUUCUCCCAUAUUGGGUGAAUAAUUUUACUUGUUCCUUCUGCACGGAGGUUGAAUUGUAUUAACCUCUCAACUGCUGAAAGGUUUUGAACACCCAAAAGAUUAAGAAUAGGAAUAUUCUUUUUUUUUUUUUUUUUUUUUUUUUUGUGGGGGGGGGGGGGACGGGAAGGGGAGGCAAAGACUGUCUUUCUCAGGGCUGUCAAAGUGUAAUAAAAU